GCAGCGUUAAGAUCGCCAGUUAGCUCGUUACUACGUUUGGCCAGUGAAGCCACACUUCUUUACGAGGUGUCAAGAUAUUUUUAAAAAAAUGGCUCAAGCACGUGUCACCGAUUUUUUUUCACACAGUAAGAGGAGCGGUGCUGAUCGAACCUUGCGAUCGAAAGAACAAAUAGGGACAGCUGAAGACUAUUCGGGGUCUGAGGAGGACACUGCAGAAACAAAUGUUCCGAGGGCGACGCAAGCUGCAGACGAGGAUGUACCAGUGGCGGAAAGGACCUGUUCACUCGGUGACCAGGAAUCGCUUGAGUGCGUUCAGAAGGAGUUCCUAAGGGUCAUUGAUGAGGUUAUUGUGUCUUCCGAUAACUUGGAAGUUACCGCGGAACCAUCUGAUGCGGCCGACCGCGAACCGAUCGCGAGUCCCCGUACGCCUAAAAGGCGUGUGGCGGAGGCCGAGCUCGACCUGUGCUCGUGGGGGUUGUCCUCCGUGACCGGGCAGCACAGCACGGCUAAAAAGCGCCUCCGUGUCGGCGCGGCCAGGAAUCCCGGCGCUACACCGAAAACCUCAGACGUAGAGCCUGGAAAAAAGACUGCGAGAAAGAAGCUCGUUCUCUCCAGAGAUGAAGAAUCCGCAGCGGCCCCAGAACCGACCCUGGCCAGCCCUGCCCCGCAAGUGCUUUCUGAGUCUGUUGAAAAAGAAUCAGAGAGUCACAGUACAGAUAGCUCUCCUGUAUGCAACGUGUGUGCUGACAGCAGUGCCAAGCAGCCCACCAGCAGUAAGAAAACAUUCUCCAAAGAGGACAUUGCGGCGUUGAAAUCCCGUCUGCAGAGACUGAAAGGGCAGUCGGAAAGCCUGGUCUCUCCCUCUCCUGUGCCCGUGUCUACACUCGCAGAGCUUAAGGCACGACUGGACAGUGCCAGAGAGCUCUCGGCGCGAGCGCAGCAGAGGAAGGCAGAAAGAGUCGCCGAGGAGCAGAAGGACAGCGAGCAGCAGGGUCGGACCAAGCCCAGCCCAGAGGAAGGAGUGAAGCUUCCUGCGUACGAGCGCUACCACACGUUAGCUCAGGACGUUCCUCCUGGCCUCACUCUGCCAUACAUGUACAAGGUGUUGGCCGAGAUGUUCCGCAGCAUGGACACCAUCGUCGGCAUGCUCUUCAACCGCUCCGAAACGAUCACCUUCGGCAAAGUCAAACAUGGGGUGCAGGACAUGAUGCACAAGCGUUUUGAGGAGUCUCAUAUGGGUCAGAUUAAGACAGUGUAUCCGUCCGCCUAUAUCUUCCGUCAGGAAAAAAACAUUCCCACCUUCAGCGCAACUGUGAAGAAGUCUGCCUACCAGCUGACAGUGGAGCCGGCCGUUGACGAAGAAGCAGAUGGUGUUUGUCCGGUGCUGUCUGCCACUCGUCUGUUGGAGAGGAGACGCGUCUUCCAUCAGAACCUGGUAGAAAUUGUAAAGGGACACCAUAAGGUAUUCCUGGCCACCCUGAACCCACCUGUGGUUGUCCCUGAAGACAGGCUCACCCGCUGGCACCCCAGGUUCAGCGUGGAUGAAGUACCCCCCAUCCCGCCCAGCGAUUUGCCCCAGCCCCCCCAAACUGAGAAAUUGACCACCGCUCAAGAAGUGCUGGACAAAGCUCGCGCCCUCAUAACCCCUAAGAUGGAGAAGGUCUUGGCCGACACGGCCUUAAAAACAGCAGAGAAAGCAUGUUCAAAAGAGGCAGAGCCACCAGCCAAACCAACGGUGACACCCACACCCAAUGCCCUGAAAGGGGUCUCCCAGUCUCUACUGGAAAGGAUCCGAGCUAAAGAGGCUCAAAAGCUGCAAGCCAUCAUGACGCGGAACCCUCAGCAGGAGGAGCGCCUGGCUAUGAUGUCGCACUUGGCGGAGAUGGCCCGCAUCCUGAGGAACGUGUUUGUGGCUGAGAAGAAGCCAACUCUUAUAAUGGAACUGGUCUGCUGUCGCAUGGCCUCCAGCUACCGUAUUUCUUUCAGCCCAGGGGAAAUGGAAAAACAUCUGCGCUUGCUGGCAGAGUUGGCACCUGAGUGGCUAACGGUGCAUCCGAUCAGGAAGGAUUUCUACCUCAAGCUGAACAAGAACAUGAACAUGAACAUGGUUUUGGAGAAACUGAGUCAGAAGAUGAAGGAAGAGGAAAAUUGUUGAGGCCAUGGGGACUGAGAAACAGUGCAAUAGUUUGAUAACUCCAUAUCUUCUAAUCUUUGGAUUGGCUGUAUACAGACUCUGCUCCCUGACUAUGAACACUGGAGUGGUUUUAUAAGCAAAACAUUUUAGAACUAAAUGCAGAGGUUUGUGUACUAUUGUGUGUGACUUUUUUUUUUUAUUUUUUUUAAAUUUUAUUAAGUUUGUCUAGUUCCAUUUAGAGCUGGAUGAGUUUUGAAUUUUCUGUUUGUGGAAAACAGCUUUACAUUGUAGAGGCUUUUGCUUGUCUGACAAGUGUCAAGUACUGAACCACAAAGUUCGUGCAUUGAAGCGCAUACACCAACAGUUCAUUUGAAGAGCCUUGACCUGCUUACAUGUCCAAUAAACAAGCUGUUCCAAACAAGAGGCUUAAAAUAUCUUUUAAUCAAGACCAAAUUGUUUCAGACUGAUUCAGAACACAGGACUGCUGAACUUUACCAUAUUAAUUGCUCAGCACAACAGCAGCCGUGUGACUUAGCAAAUACUACUUCAGUAAGUGGGAGGAGCCAAGCACUUCACAGAUGCCAGAGCUGGCUUUGACUUAUUUUAGUUCUACAGUUGUUUUGAAGGAGUAUCUGCUGAAUAAAGUAAACAAGAAAUGAACAUUUAAGUGGAUAAUUUUCUUUACUUGUCAAGCCUCAUAAAACAGCAUAAUCUCAGUUUGCUUUAUCACUGAGAAACACCAAUAAAUUUUAAUAAAAAAAA